AUGUCACAGCCCUCACCACCAGCAGCAGAGCAGGAGGCUGCUGAUGCUCCUGCUGCUGAAUGUCUAGUGCACCAGCUCUGUACUCGAUGCCAAUCUAAGUUGGAGGUGGUGGAAUACGACACUGAAGUGAAGCAGGCGAAGGCCGAGGCAGCAGUGAGGGACCUGGAGGAUAGGAUAGCAGAGGCAACAACAGCAACAGCAGCAGAGGAGGAGGAUUCGAGGAGCACCUCAUUACGGGAGGCUCUUGAGAAGGGGAACAACCUGAGCUCAGUGCAGCGACUGAGCCUACUUGGGAGCGCCUUUGCCCUUGUAUUACCCCCGGAAGCUCGGGCAAAGGAUACUAGUGUUCCACUGUGUGAACCCUGUGCGAUGGAUGUAGUGGCCUUAUGGCAGAGGGAGCUGGCGCUGAGACGGGCGGAGUUGGCCGAGGCUGAGCUAGCCUUGGCCGAGUUGGAACAGGAGUUACCUAAGGAGGACGAGACGGGGACUGACGAUGAAGUUGAGGCCCUCGAGGUUGAGGUGGCUAGCAUGGAGAAGGAGCUGGAGGAGCUGAGGGAGACAUCGAAGCAGCUAGAGUCUCGUCUGGAGCAGGAGGAGGCCGAGGCUCGAGUCCAAUUACGACGGGAAGCGCACCUUCAUAAGGAGACUAAUGACUACAUUGUGGAGUUGGUUAGACACGAGGAGACUUCCGGUAGUGUGAAAGCUCAAGUUGAGUACACCAGUGCUGAGAUAUCUCGAUUGAAGAGGACCAGCGUCUUGGCCAUGGCCUUCAGGAUCUGGCACUCCGGACCGUUUGGUAGCAUCAAUGGAUUCCGCAUGGGCAGGGUUCAUGACUAUCAAAUACCGUGGUCCGAGAUCAACGUGGGGUGGGGGCAAAUGGCCCUCCUACUCGACGUUAUAGUGCGUCGAGUAGGCGUCCCUUCGGCCUAUCGUCUACUGCCUAGAGGCUCGUGCUCAGCGAUAUUGCGAAAAGCCGACAACACGAUGAUGGACCUAUACACUAGUGAUGGAGGCUUCGCAAGAUUCUUUACGGGACGAAAGUUCGAUGCUGGCAUGUGUGCGUAUGUCAAUGUUGUGCAGGAGGUUUGUACUUUCUCGGAGCGCUUCCGGAGUCAACCCUUGAGACUGCCCUUUAGUAUAGAAGGGGACAAGGUUGGGGGCUUCUCAGUGGCACUGCAGUUCAAUCAAGAGGAGCGGUGGACGAAGGCAAUGAAGUACCUCCUGACCAACCUCAAAUGGUUGAUGGCCUACAUCGAGUCGGAGCCCUUGCCGACGUACACUGAUGAGGACGAUAUGGUGGCCUCCGCCUAG